CAGUUUCCAAUGAAAUCAUUACAAAUUCAUUCACUGUAUUAGCAUCGACAAUCUUUAGUCCUAUAAAUAAAGAAGUGACAUCAAAAUUUCAAAGUCCACACAAGCAGCAAAUUUUAUCGCAAAUUAAUAUAAUGCCAAAUGUUGCAAUUCCUCAGGUGUUCGUGGAAUCUACCCAUCUGUAUAACCUCCGGCGUGGGGCUAUCGCUCCUCCUGGUAAAUCAGCUCCUGUAUCAGUACCUCCUGUAGUAUCUGCUCUUCCUGCUGUAUCAACUCAUCAGGACUUCAAGAAGAUUCUGGAGAAACCUAAAAUUGUAGAGCAAAAGCAUAAUAAUCCUCGACCAAAUUCUAAAUUAGUACCCAAAGAGAAGCAGCAGCAGACAAAGAUAUCUAUGGGAGUGCCGUCAAAGGCAACCGUGUCUCCUAGGAAACUUGACUCACCCAAAGUCAUAGCCUUCGGCCGGACACUCAUUAAUCCAAAGAUACUCCCCAAUUCUCGACGAAAGAAUCCCAUAUCUGAAGGGAAUGACUUUAAGGUGACCAAGUCUGCCUAUAAACCCACAGUGUCUACGAUAUUCUCCUAUGAUCUGUCACCUUUGGAGCGGAAUGACUAUGGCCUUUGUCACAGGAAUUCUAUGAAUCCCAUGAAAUCGGUACCACCCACAGAGGUGCAGCUGCUGCAGAGUGGACAACGAUCCACCUAUCUAGAGAAGCGAUACGAACUCACACCGGAUGUCAAGUACAAUUAUCCCGAAGCCACCAGCAUGAGGUACGGCUGGUUCCACCGCCUGGGGGAUCCUUUCCAGAAGCGAGUGCCAAGAAAGGAUUAGAGAAGGUUUUAAGUAGAACUAAGUGUAUUUUCAAAGUAAUUUU